AAAAAGAAAGAAAAAACAAAAUCACACUAAAAGAUUUAAAAAUCCUAUCAAUCAACGUAAACUCCAUAGUCACAAACCAAAGAAGAGCAUCACUACUAAAUAUAAUGAACACGCAACAACCAGACAUACUACUGCUAAAUGAAACUAAGCUCAACAAACAACACGUACUACGAUUCGAAAAGUAUGACAUUAUCAGAAACGACAGGAACGAGCAACACAUUGGAGGAGGCACAGCUAUAGCAAUAAAAAAAGAAAUUAAUUACACAAAAAUAACACUACCUGAAAAUAACGAAAAUAAAAUACUUGAAAACACUAUCAUCAAACUAGACACGAAUAAUGAAAAAUCAUUAUACGUUAUAGCAGUAUACGCAAGAAGUGGAUACCAUAAAGAAUUCAUCCCGCAAAUUAAUAGAUUAUUCAGUCAUCUGAAACUAAACGAAAUGAACAACUUCUACAUUAUUGCAGGCGACCUAAACGCUAAGCACACAGUAUGGAAAAAUGCAAAUAACAACGACACAGGAGAAAUGUUUCAAAGAUGGAUAGAAACACACAACAUACAAUACAAACUGAAAAUGCUAAGCACAAGAUACCCUUCAUACCCAAAUGGAAACUCAUAUAUAGACAUUGUACUACUGGAUACAAGAUUAAAAGUACAUAACAUCAAUAACGACCACGAUCUAGAAAAUAUAAUCUACGACAGCGAUCACAAUGCUGUAAAAAUACAAAUAUCACUAGAGAAAGAGCACGAGAUAAUGAAAGAACACGAGACAAAAACAAAAAAAUUCAACUAUAAAAAAACAAAUUGGGAGAAAUUCGCCAAGAAAUUAGAAGAAUCAAUCACAGACACCAUACCUAACAACAAAAAUCUAACUCUAACAGAAGUAGAAGAGUACCUUGACCAAUGCAACCAAAAAAUAAUCACAACAAUGGAAGAAACCAUACCAAAAAUACAAGACAAAAACACAAUGGAAUCAUAUAUAAACCAAAAAAUCAAAAAACUGCAAAAACAAAAAAAUAAAAUACUCACCUUAAUCCAUCACAACCGGAGAAAUUGGCCAAAUAUCAACGUUGAACAAGCGGAAAACCUGAAACAGAAAUUAAACGAAAUCAGAGAAAAACUAAAAAUUGAGUUCACAUUAUCAAUUAACAAAUACUGGAAAAACAAAAUAUCAAAAAUAUCAAAAAAAGAAUCAGCGAAUAUGUUCCCUCAAAUUAACAAAAUUUUCAGGAAAAAAGAAAUAGCACAAACCGACCCACUAAAACUGGACUACGACUCACAACUACUAGCGAACGCAGGUAUCAACAAAAACGAAUUUAAAAAAGACGAUCAAAAUGAGAUAACAAUCUCCAAUGACACAGAUAAGCUAAACAUAAUGGGAGCCCACUUUGCUAGCAUAAACAAUGGGACAAGAGACAACAAUAAACCAGAGCUCAACGAAAUAAUUAAUAAAAAAAUAAAAUGCUUUAUAAAAGAAAUAAAACAAGACGAAAACAACAAUGUAACAAUUUGUAACUUUAACAACACCAACACAUCUGACAACCCAGCACCAGAUCAACCUUUUAUAAGCGUAAAAAAGCUGAUAAAAAUAUUCAGAAAAUUAAACAACAAAAAAUCAACAGGCUUAGACGACAUACCCAACAUAGUAUUAAAACAUAUACCACGAAAAUUAAUUAACAUAUACACAAUACUAUUCAACAACCUCCUAAAUAAUAACGCCUUCCCAAACAAAUGGAAAAUAGCAAAAGUAGUACCAAUCAAGAAAAAAAAUAAAGAUAAAGAAAAACCAGAUAGCUACAGACCGAUAAGCUUACUACCAAAUAUAAGCAAGGUAUACGAAACCAUAAUAAAUGAACAAAUAACCAGUUUCUGCGCAGAAAAAGAAAUCAUCCCCGAAUCACAAUUCGGAUUUCAAAAAAAUCUAUCCACAAUCCACGCUAUAAACAAAUUAACGUCGGACAUCAACUGGAACCUGAACAAGAAAAAUUGUAUAGGAGCAUGCCUAAUCGACCUUGAAAAAGCAUUCGACACUGUAUGGCUUGAAGGCCUCUUAUUCAAAUUAAUAAAAAAAGAAUUCCCAAAAAACCUGACAAAACUAAUCUGGAACAUGCUAAAAAACAGGAAACUCAUAACAGCAUACGGAGAAGUAAUGGCAAAUAAAACAUACGAAUUACAAAACGGCCUACAACAAGGAACAGUCAACGCACCCAUCUUAUUCAACAUAUUUACAAGUGAUAUGCUAAAAUUAUUUAAUCUAAAUAUACCAGAACACCCUCAAAUUAUAGCUUUCGCGGACGAUGUAAUUGUAUAUGUGGCGGACCGCUGGAUUACCAAUAUUCAAAAAAAACUUAACGACAUUGUACAUAAACUAGAAGAUUACUACGAGACCUGGCGUUUAAAAAUAAAUAUAGAUAAAUGUGAAACCAUCCUAUUCAGAUCCACACUAAUGUACGCAAAUCGCAACGUCAGAAAUAACUACAAAAAAUUCAAAAUAGUAAGUAGACCCAAAAAUGACGAAUCUCAGACCAUCCCACACAAAAAUACAGUUAAAUAUCUCGGCGUAUAUCUCGAUGAGAGACUACACUUCAAAAAUCAUGUAACCACACAAUUAAAAAAAGCAACAAACACAUUCAUGAGUUUAAAAAGACUCUUCUACUCCAAACUACUAAACACAGAUGUAAAAAUAAUAUGCUACACUGCAUUAAUAAGACCAAUCAUAACUUAUGGUUGCCCCAUAUGGUACAACAUAAGUGCGUCUCUCAUGGAGAAGCUUCGCCUCUUCGAAAGAAAAUGCCUAAGAGCAUGUCUAAACAUGAAUAGAACUGCCGAAUCAAACUAUACCAAAUAUGUAACCAACAAUGCAUUAUACAGCAAAGCAGAAAUUCAACGAAUAGACAAUUUCAUGAUAUAUCUAACCCGAGAACACUUUUUACAAGUAGGAAAAAUAAAACAGAACAGCUUAGUAUUUAGCGCGCUAUACCCAAAUCCAUUAUACUAUGACUACACACUAACAACCGGUAACAUACCACCUGAAGGUUUCAUCUUCCUCGACCAAAUGGGAUACAUAUUAGACCAAAACAACAUACCAAUUAUAUACCAUUACCCAAGGCAUAAUAACAAUAAAAAAAUUAAAUACUUACCAUUUUCAAAUAUACAGGACUCCAACAUCUCGUGGAAAUAUGAAACGUCCAUCCCAAAUAUACCUAAAAACAAAAAAAAUAAAAGUAAAGAUAGAUACUGGUGGCUAACAGAAGCAUAAAAGUAAAACUAGAUAGAAAGAGAAAGACCCAAAAAUACCACACAAAGGUAACAGAUUGACAGCACAACAAACACACACACACACACACACACACACACACAAGCACACAAGCACACACACACUAAUCCCAAGUGAAGGGAGGGGAAAAAAAAAAAAAAAGUAAUAUUACAACUAUUAUAAGUACUAUACUACCAAAGAAACAUGCCCAAAAACAACUACCUCAUUAAGAUAAUAAUAUAUAAAAUACUUCAAUACUUACCUAAUACUCUCAUCAAGUCAGUAGUUACUCCCACACUUAGUACUAAACGUAAUUAAGCGAAUAUGAUACUGUUACCUAUAUACAUAAUACAUCACAUCAAGCUCAUUAAAAUAUCACCUGUAAAUAUAUUCAUCUCAUCAAUCGCGUACACACCCAUUCUCAUAAAACACCUAGUUAGUAAGUAAUCACCUAAUUAUAAGUAAUAAAAUAAGACAAGAUAUAGCGAUUUUUUCACGGCAUCAGCUGGACCCGCACUUUUUUGCGCUAAAAUAACACGUUAAGAAAACAUACAAGCUAUAAAUUACAUUUUGUAAUAAGCUAAAUAAAUCCUUAAAUACAUCGAUUAUUCUACAAUUUAACAAACAUUGUACGCAGCGACGAGAGCGAAAGGCCGUACCGCUCAAAACACAACAGUAAGAUAAAUCUAGAACGUACUUUUGAUAGUUUUAACGUACGUCUCAUAUAAAACAAUAAUGUACUCCACUUACCAGCAAUAAAACUAUUUCAUAAAUCUAAAAAUCUACCAGUUCUCGUCCGAUCACUGAAGUCAAGCAACGUUGAGCAUGGUUAGUACUUGGAUGGGUGACCGCUUGGGAACACCAUGUGCCGUUGAUGUUAUUUU